UUGGGUUUUUAGAAUAAAUUUUACUAUUUUACCACUUAUAAUAAAACUGGCUAUCAUCGAUAAAAGAAAUUCCAUACUAAUUAAAAAGUGUUUACAUUCAUAAGUUACAAAAUAAGUGUAGCUUUAAUUAAUUAUUUGGCAAAAAUAUAAAUUCGUAAUCAUGAUUUUGUGCACGUAACACAUCUUUAGAUUAAAUAGAAAAUGGAUGGAAUAAAAUAAUGUCUUGCGAAGAACAACCGACCAUGUCAGACAGACAGCUUCUAGAGGGCGGCUGCCUCAGUGAGGGUAGUGUGUCAGUGCCCGCACCUGCAAAGAAAUGGCUACAUUGGAAGGAGUAUGCUUGUGGUGGUGGAUCGGCAUUCUGUAAUAUAUUACUCAGUUACCCAUUGAAUAAAUUGAUUUUUAGACAGAUGAUGCAUGGAGUUGAGGCUACUUUUGUACUGAAUCAGUUACAUAAAGAAGGACUAGGCUAUUUGUAUAGAGGUAUGCUUCCACCGCUGCUACAGAGGUCGCUGUCUAUGUCCCUCAUGUUUGGUGUGUAUGAUGAAAGCCUCCAGCCACUAUUAGAUUAUAAUAUAAAUCCCUAUAUCGCCAAAUCUCUAGCUGGUAUAAUUGCUGGCAGCGUUGAGGCGACACUUAUGCCCUUUGAGAGACUCCAAACACUGUUGAUACAUCCAAAGUAUCACAAAGAAUUCAGGAACACUGCUCAUGCUGCAAAACAUAUAGCUCAAUUUUAUGGGAUAAAAGAAUUUUACAGAGGACUCGUCCCAAUACUACUCAGGAACGGGCCCUCUAAUGCAAUGUUCUUCAUAAUCAGAGAUGAAAUAAAUAUCAGGUUACCUAAACAAGACAAUGUUCUAUAUGAAAGUCUUCAAAAUUUCAUAUCUGGAGCAUCCAUUGGUGCACUACUGAGUACACUGUUUUAUCCACUGAAUGUCAUAAAAAUUGGUAUGCAAUGUGAAGUGGGAGGGCCUCAUCGAACUGUCCUGUAUGAGUUCAAUUACAUCAUGCGGAAACGUGGAUCCAAAUUUGGUAAUUUCUAUCAUGGUGCCCUCCUUAACAUAUCCCGUGCAUUUUUAAGCUGGGGCAUAGUGAAUGCCUCCUACGAAAUACUUAGGAAAAUUCUUUAUUCCUAGUCAAAUUUGUAAAUAUAUUUUGUUUUUAAUAUUAUUGUUAAUAUACUGUGUUAGAUGAAAUGAUGUUAUUUUGUAUAGUAUUAUUUAAUAUUUUAAGAAUAACAUUGAAGCAUUUACAGCACUAUUAAAUUGUUAUCACGCUAUUGUCCAAAAUUAGGGAAAGAAAAUUAAGAGAAAGAAAGUGCCAUAGGGGCAAUAUGUUUCUCUAUUUGGACAGUACAAUGUGUGUUUAUAGCAUAUUGUGUUAUAAAUUUGUGAUAUAUUACUAGAUCAAAAAAGCUUAAAGCUUUAAAUUAUAAAUGUAUGAUUACUAUAAAAUAAAACAGCAUCAUAUUAUUUUA